AUGAAACUAGAAACUUUAGUUAUGAAAAUAAUAGAAGCUAUUGAAACAGCUUCCCCAACUGUAAUAAUUUUCAAUGGUAAAAAAAUCAACAUAACUAAAAACUUUAUUGAUAAAUACAAAUAUUGUAAAGUCAGAGACUUGGAAAGAAUUAACGCGAACGCAAAGGAAGCGGCGGGUGCAGCAACUGGUCGAAUAGCUGCCAACGCAAAGAAAGCAGCUGAUACUAAAGCCGCUGAAGAACGCAGACAUAAUUUAAUAAUGGAAAAGGAAGCCAAAGGUUCAGGAGUGGGAGAUAUGAUAGGCACAAUAAAAGAAUUUGGAAACAGAUUUGGGGAAAAAAGCAAGAAAACUGUUAAACAAGGAUUAAAUAAAUUAGUAGAUAGUAUUGACACAGGAGAAGCCAAAGUCAAACAUAAGGGUUAUGGAAUAUUUUUAAAAAAAACAUACGCACUGGAAAAGGAUUAUUUCUUUCAAAGUAUAAAGGAGAAGGAGUGA